GCGCUUGUUGAGGUCGAAACCCAAACAGAACUCAUCAGCUGGCAUUUCCCAGUGAAACCUUCCAAUCACUGCUGUCAACAUGGAGAGUCUGCUCCGCGCCGUGGCCAUGCUGGCUGUGAUGUUCUUGGGGUUGUUCCAGCAGGGAGCUGGUGUGGCCGACCGGCUGUACACAUCUGUGCUGACUGUGACAAACGGACAGCAUUGGGGAACAUGGAGGGGGCCCGAGAUGUGUCCUGACCAGUACUUUGCUGUUGGCUUCAGUACCAGGGUGGAGUCCAGACAGGGCAAAGGCGACGACACAGCCCUGAACGGCAUCCGCCUCAUCUGCGGCAAAGACGAGGACCACAACUUCAUGUACACUGUGGAGUCUCACCCUGGCUUCUGGGGCGACUGGUCCAACCCUCAGUACUGCCCCAGUGGCGUGCUCAGCUCUUUCCAGCUCCGCGUGGAGGGCCGUCAGGGCAGGAAAGACGACACCGCUGCCAACAACAUCAAGUUCCGCUGCAGCAGCAGCCCCUUGCUGGAGGGCAGCGGCCUGGACUGGGGCGAGUACGGCGGAUGGAGCCAGGUUUGUGUCAACGGAGGAAUCUGUGGCAUCGAGACCAAGGUGGAGGACCGACAGGGGAGAGGGGACGACACCGCCCUCAACGACGUGCGCUUCCAUUGCUGUGACCGAACCCUGCAGUCCUCCUCAGAUUGACCUGUUCUGAGUGCCCCGCCUGUGCCCCCACUACCCGACUCGACGAUCGGCAUGUUUAUGCAGCCACUUAGAUGUCUGAAGGGUAGCAGCAGCUUGCUAACGCUAGCUUGAGUUAGGGACAACGGAGCCGGGCCGUCUCUCCCCGGAGCCGUUGAGAUGAUGGUGGGGGGUGGUCCAAGGCCAUGUAGCGAGACUCCUUGAAUGGGCAUGGUUUGAAAAUUACGUAUUUUUCGGACGUAAUCCCAUUCGUCGCACUCUAGCGUAUCGUUUCUGACACAGAGGAACCACAACAAAUUGCAGGAGUUGUUUUUUUUCAGAGUCUUUUGGGACGGUAGACAUGCCAGAUACCCAAAUUAACAUGUAGAAGCACUACAAAAGUGGCAUUUUCAAAAUAUGUCCCCUUUAAAGCCCAGAAAGAGCUGAGAGACUCAAAGUAAUUACCUCUGCCAAUGUGAUAAAACUUCUAAAUGGAAUUGAGAUUAAAGCACAGUUUGGUUUAACAGCUGAAGGAUGAUGAAUAAAGUAAUCUAUCUAUCUAUCUGUGUGAUAUUAUUCAAAUGUUGUUUUGUUCAUAAUCCUGUGACUCUGUUCUUUACAGUUUCUGAAUUUGUGCUUCAUGUUUUUUUUAUCGACAGUGAUUGACAGAUGAGCAGCUUGGUCCGCCCCUCCUCCGUCACCCUGAAUUAAACAAUGAAAAAUAAUAAAGUGCUCAUUUGAA